GAUGGCACUAAUAAAGAAGCUACCAGCACUGGAAAACUAAAUCAAGAAAAUGAACACGUAUAUAACUUGUGGUGCUCUGGAAGGGUGUGUUGUGAGGGAAUGCUCAUCCAGCUAAAGUUUCUCAAGAGACAAGACCUACUGAAUGUUCUUGCACGCAUGAUGAGGCCAGCUUCUGACCAAGUGCAAAUAAAAGUAACAAUGAACGAUGAAGAUAUGGACACCUACGUGUUUGCUGUUGGAACAAGAAAAGCACUGGUGCGACUUCAGAAAGAGAUGCAGGACCUGAGUGAGUUCUGCAGUGAUAAACCUAAGUCUGGUGCAAAAUAUGGGCUUCCAGAUUCGCUGGCUAUCUUGUCAGAGAUGGGAGAGGUCACAGAGGGAAUGAUAGACGCUAAGAUGAUCCAUUUCCUCACGCACUACGCUGACAAGAUUGAGUCCGUCCAAUUCUCGGACCAGUUCUCCGGUCCAAAACUUAUGCAAGAGGAAGGUCAGCUUACAAAACUGCCUGAGACUAAAAAGACACUUUUGUUUACAUUUAAUGGUAAGAGAACUGGUGUGCAGGGAUGUCUGUGUAUCUGGGGGAGAGAGUCAUGCAUUAUAUGUCACAUGCUCAAGUUCUGUCACCUAUGGAAGAUAGAAGGAGGAGGUAGGGAACAGUGAGUGAUCAUUGUUCUU